AUGGGUCAGCAGGCGCCUCCGCUGCAGAGCCAGCCGAUGCCAUCGCAACCGCCGAAUCCCAACACGGCCCAAGCCCAGCAAAGCGGCGGAGAAUUGUCUCUGAACUUAAGAGGUCCCCCACGAGGCACCAGCGCGCCAAGUAGCCCGGCGAAGAGUCGUGAGAGUCUGCUGCAACGCGUACAAAGUUUAACAGGAGCGGCACGAGACCAAGGUGCAUCCAUCUUAGGCGCAGCUGUUCAGAGUGCAACUAGACCAUCAUUCAAUAAAGAUCGAUCCUUUACUUUACUAGUUAUCGAUGAUCAGAACACGGAUUGGUCAAAGUAUUUCCGUGGAAAAAAACUACAUAAUGAUUAUGAUAUUCGAGUGGAGCAAGCAGAAUUCAAGGAACUCUCGUUGAUCGCGAGCGGCGAGCAAGGAUGCACUGUCUCGAUGGCGGUGUAUCGGAGCGGUACCAAGGUGAUGCGUUCAUUUAGGCCGGAUUUCGUUCUAAUUCGUCAAAAUCUUCGCGACGCCUCCGAGGACAAUCGCAGCCUUCUUCUCGGUCUGAAAUACGGCGGCGUUCCGAGCGUCAACUCGCUAUCUUCCAUCUACAACUUCCAGGACCGGCCGUGGGUUUUCGCGCACCUGAUGCAACUCCAAAGACGCCUCGGACGUGAAAAUUUUCCCCUGAUCGAGCAAACUUAUUACCCAAAUCAUCGCGAAAUGGGCGACUAUGGUACAGCAAUGCCGGUUGAUCAUUUAUCGUUCGAUAGACGUAGUUCACGGAUCUGGAUAGCUCUGAAGAGCCUUGCACUUUUUAUAGAAGGAAUUUCGUCGCCAGUGGCAGGUGACCCGUCCCGAGAUUUGGUCCUCGCGCCGAAUGCAGAUGCCAUAGUCGCCCUCGCAGUUGCCGCUCAGGAAGUUCCACUUGCACGAAUCGAAGGCGAGGCGGUUGCUCUCGUUCGUUGCGCGCAUCAGGGUCUUGAUCUGACGAAUUAA